ACUCUGUAUGUGUAUAUGUUUCUACAGGAAUUCAUUGAAGAAUUGCUGUCUCCCCCCUUUGGGGGUCUGGUGGCAUUUGUGAAGGAAGCUGAGGCUUUGAUUGAGCGUGGACAAGCUGAACGACUUCGAGGGGAGGAAGCCCGGGUUACUCAGCUAAUACGUGGCUUUGGUAGUUCCUGGAAAUCAUCGGUGGAGUCUCUGAGUCAGGAUGUAAUGCGGAGUUUCACCAACUUCAAAAAUGGAACCAGUAUCAUCCAGGGAGCGCUGACCCAGCUGAUCCAGCUCUAUCAUCGCUUCCACCGGGUGCUGUCUCAGCCGCAGCUCCGAGCCCUACCUGCCCGGGCCGAGCUCAUCAACAUCCACCACCUCAUGGUGGAGCUCAAGAAGCACAAGCCCAACUUCUGAUGCGCCGGACCCUGGGAGCCACCAGCCCUCUCCAUGGACUUAUGUGCCCCAUCCCAUACCCUUCUUCACCUGGGGGCCCCCUUCCAGUUCUUCCCUUGCCUCCCAGGUCCUUGACAUGCCUCACCCUUCCUUCAUUCCCAGGACCCUGCCUCAUCAGGAUAAGCUGAAUCCCUGUGGCUUUCAGAAUCUCCCAUGUCUUCAGGUUUCCCAGGACCACUUCCUCCUGGGCUUCCGAAAUGACCUUUAUUAUUUUUCCAGUUUUGUCAUUCCUCUCUUUCCCUCCACUGCCCCACCCCCAGGGCUUUUUUCUUCUCCCAGUAAAACCUUCUGGUUCACUGAGCUCUUAUCACCAUGUUAUGAGAUGUGAAGCCUCGACUCUUCGAAUUGGUGUGGCAAGGGGAGACUGCCUCAUAAUGGUUGAUUUUUUUUUUUUCUUUUCACUCAAAGUGAGUUCUUUUCUGUAGCUUUUUGACCUAAGAUCUCAGCAACUUGAACACUAACCAGUCCCCUCCUGGCUUGAGAGUUACACCAAGGUCAGUCUGCAGAAAACAAUAAAUAUUUAA